UCAUAAUUUUUUUGUUUUGUCUAAUCUCAUUCAAACUUCUCAAAUUUCGCACUGAGCUUUGGGAUUGGACUGGUAACUUGGUGCUUGAACAGGUCCGCCGAGCACCCUGCCACUCGCCUUGAAUCCGCUUCCCAGCGGCCUAGACUUAGCAAGCAUGACCAAUAGCCGCCGGAUGAAAAAGAAGAGACACAAGACGCUAGCAGCAGAUUUGCUUUCAAAGGGCUACUGCCACGAUGAGUCACUCGACAUCUCCACACAAAGUUGUAAUGGAGUGAACGGAACUUUGACGGCAAGGAGACAUGGAAGACGACCGGCUGCAAACAUUGGAGCAAGAUAUGAUCAUAACAAUGCUGCAAUUGCAGUAAACUUUUUUUACAGUAACUUUGUCGCUUCAACGAUUUCAACAACAAUUGACUUUGGGAGAGAGUAUUUUCCAUCUACAAAUAUCAAUGCUUCACUGAGAUUUCCCGAGUAUGGUUCGAGCAAGGUAAGAGGCUCACAUGAUAGGGAUCACUACCGAGUGACCGAAUAUUUCGGGCCAUUUCGACAUAAUUUUGACACUGCAAAGUUGUUUUGGUUUUCAAUUUCUGUUUCCGCUCAACCUCAAAUUCCAGCAAUCCUUUAGAAAUGCUGCUUUAUCCAUCUCUGUAGG